GAGGGAGAGAAGAGGAAGGCCGGACGAAACCAUUCAUCCGGCCAAUACAACCCUCCGAUUGAAAAAUAUGUUGAGUUUAACGAGCACUGGUUUGCAUCUAGAUUCGGAUUUCAAAGAGGAUUAUCGGCGUGUAUUUGAAUUAGACGACGAGAUUACAAAUCAGGGUAAUUUAGGAUUAGAUUAGCAUUUUAAUCACACGGUCAGCGGCUCUGAAUCCCCCUCACAUCCGUCUCAUCCCUGCGAAUAAACAGCCGAGGAGGCAGUCGGGAUGCGGAGAUGGUUUUGGUGACGCGGAGAUGGAUCCCUGCGAAUAUACCGAAAUCCAAACAAUAAUGAGGAUCCGGUUUGAUUCAAAGCUAGUUUAGUCGUUCUUAUCAUUGGUUUUUAUAUAAAUGGCCAUGAUUUCCCUGCGGAGGCUUAUUGUGCAGCUGUUGGUGCUGUUGAUCCAAAGUGGAUGGUGGGGGGUCGCGCCGAGCCCAACCGAUGAGGGAGCACUCCGGGCCGGCCACGGGGAGCACGGAGAGCCGGGACACCAGGAGCCCCACAAAGACUCUUACAGCACCUUCGCCUCUGAGUUCCUGGAGUCCAGAUAUCUGUCCGAUGACGGUUAUCCAUUCCCCACCGCCCCACCAGUGGAUCCCUUUGCCAAGAUCAAAGUCAUCGACUGCGGAGUGACCAAAGGAUGCAUAAGGUACGGGAAGCCAGGGUGUGAUGCGGAGACAUGUGACUACUUCCUGAGUUAUCGUCGCAUUGGGACAGACGUGGAGUAUGAGAUGAGUGCAGACACUGACGGCUGGGUGGCCGUAGGUUUCUCCUCUGACAAGAAAAUGGGAGGCGAUGAUGUCAUGGGUUGUGUCCACGAUGAUAACGGACGCGUGCGGAUUCAUCACUUCUACAAUGUCGGCCAGUGGGCCAAGGAGAUCAAGAGAAACCCGGCCAGAGACGAAGAGGGCAUCUUUGAAAACAACCGUGUGACCUGCCGCUUCAAGCGGCCGUUAUACGUCCCCAGAGAGGAAACACUUGUAGACUUACACCUGUCAUGGUAUUACCUGUUUGCAUGGGGACCUGCCAUACAAGGUUCCAUCACAAGGCAUGACAUCGACAGUCCGCCAGUCAGCGACCACAUGAUCAGCAUCUAUAAGUAUGAGGACAUCUUCAUGCCUUCUACAGCCUACCAGACCUUCAACUCUCCCCUCUGUUUACUGCUCAUUGUAGCCCUCACCUUCUACUUACUAAUGGGAACGCCCUAAUUAAGCACAGCAGAGCACAGAGUGGGGAAAAAGGAAGAGGAGAUGAAGCAGCAAUAAAACAAAUUGCCAUUUUUGUCCGAAGCUACAUUCAAGUGUACACAACGAGAAAAUGUAUUAGAUAUUUUAAAUAAGAUAGAGAGAAUAUAUUCAUUACUCUGAACUCAUAGCAAUUGACAAAUUGUUAAACUUACAGUAUAUUGUAGUGGUGUCAGUACAAAACAAGAGGUCUUAUAAAAGUAUUAUAGUUUAAAAUAGGCCAGUUAUUUUCAGUAUUUAUGAUAGCUUCUACACAUUUAAGAAUAUGAGGACUACAAAUGCCAAAAUAAAAUUAAUCUUGCAAGUCUUUGAAAUACUGCAUGCACCUGGAAAUCACUGCUGAGAGGAAUAAAGGACCUGAAAAUGUGAAGCACCCACUGUUCACUGGUGAUGAGAAGACAGGGCCUCAUGUUGAACUUGGCUGAGACACAAAGGUUUUCUGAGGACAAAAAGAAACCAAACAGCCUACAGGCUUUUGCACACACUCAUCCUGUCCCUUCACUCUGUCAUGUUUAUGUAAAUCCCCCCUUUGCUAAUAAACAGAGGAAAAAGA